GCAAUAAACAGAAAAUGGAAAUCUUGUGUUUGAGCAAUAUGCAAAUGUGCAAAUAUGGGAACAUGACAGGCCUAUGCUUCCAAGAAAUUGUUUUCCAAACCCCAGUGCUUUUGCUGUUUUCAUGCAGAACACCGAGUGAUGUCUAUUGAGACAAACAUUUAUUUUCCUUCCUGAGUCUUCUGAACUAACACAUACAAAAUGGAGGUAGCCAUGGUAAGUGCCGAGAGCUCUGGCUGCAACAGCCACUUGCCCUAUGGCUAUGCAGCCCAAGCAAGGGCCAGAGAGCGAGAGAGAUUAGCGCAGUCUAGGGCAGCCGCAGCCGCAGCUGUGGCAGCUGCAACAGCAGCUGUAGAAACAGGGGCUUCUGCAGGAGGAGGUGGUCCACAUCAUCAUUACCAUCAAGAGCAGAGUCGUGGGGCUUCUUCAUCAUCUCACGGUGGGCCUGCAUCACACAGUAGCUUUUAUCAAGGCAAUAGAAGAAGGAAGCAGAGGAGGAAAGCAACCCAUUGUCUUGGUGGUCGUGAGUUUGGUGCCUCUUUUCCUUGCUCUGAGUUGCUACCACUCAGCGGCUCAGAGGAGAAAAUCCUCAAGGAUUUGAGUGAGGAUGAUGAUGAGGAAGAAGACGAGGAUGUGGAUGGAGAAGAUGAGGAAGGUGAGGAAAGAAUAUUCUAUAAUAACAAUGAGGAUGGAGACAAUGACCUUUCAUUUACAGAGCAGCCUCCAGAAGAUGGUGUGGGGCCUGGAGGUUACACCUCAGUCCGUUACAGUGAGUAUGAAUGCUGUGAAAGGAUUGUUAUCAAUGUAUCUGGCCUACGAUUUGAAACCCAAAUGAAGACUUUGGCUCAAUUUCCAGAAACAUUGCUAGGGGACCCAGCAAAACGGGGCAGGUACUUUGACCCCCUCCGGAAUGAAUAUUUCUUUGACAGGAAUAGGCCCAGCUUUGAUGCCAUUUUAUAUUACUAUCAGUCAGGUGGACGCCUAAAAAGGCCAGUCAAUGUGCCGUUUGACAUUUUCAGUGAGGAAGUGAAAUUCUAUGAACUUGGGGAAGAGGCUAUGCUCAAGUUUAGAGAGGAUGAAGGCUUUGUCAAGGAAGAAGAUGACAGGGUCUUGCCUGAAAAUGAAUUCAAAAAACAAGUGUGGCUGCUCUUUGAAUACCCAGAGAGCUCCAGCCCAGCCCGAAUUAUUGCCAUAGUCUCCGUGUUGGUCAUCUUGAUCUCCAUUGUCAUUUUCUGCUUAGAAACUUUGCCAGAGUUUAGAGAUGAAAAAGAGCUCAUUUUGACCCAGAACUUGGAGAAUGUCAAUGAAACCCUUCAGCUGCAAGGUGGAGGGCUUACAGUGUUCAACGAUCCCUUCUUCAUCGUUGAGACUGUCUGCAUCAUUUGGUUCUCCUUCGAGUUUACAGUGCGCUUCUUUGCUUGCCCUAGCAAAGCAGUUUUCUUCAAGAACAUUAUGAACAUCAUAGACAUUGUUUCCAUUUUGCCUUACUUCAUCACCCUGGGUACAGAUUUGGCCCAACAACAGGGCAGUAAUGGUCAACAGGCCAUGUCUUUUGCCAUCCUAAGGAUCAUCCGUCUUGUCAGGGUGUUCCGCAUCUUCAAGCUUUCCAGACACUCCAAGGGUUUGCAGAUCUUGGGUCACACUCUCAGGGCCAGCAUGAGGGAACUGGGGCUCUUGAUCUUCUUCCUUUUCAUUGGAGUAAUUUUGUUUUCCAGUGCUGUUUAUUUUGCAGAAGCAGAUGAGUCUACCACCCAUUUCCAGAGCAUCCCAGAUGCCUUCUGGUGGGCUGUGGUGACCAUGACUACGGUUGGUUAUGGGGACAUGAAACCCAUAACUGUAGGUGGGAAGAUUGUUGGGUCCCUGUGUGCCAUUGCAGGUGUGCUGACCAUCGCAUUACCAGUGCCAGUGAUUGUCUCCAACUUUAACUAUUUUUACCACAGAGAAACUGAUAAUGAAGAACAGACCCAGUUGACACAAAAUGCAGUCAGUUGCCCUUAUCUCCCAACAAUACUCAAGAAAUUCCGAAGUUCAUCGUCUUCUUCCACCGAGGUCAAAUCAGAGUAUCUAGAGAUGGAGGAAGGGGUUAAGGAAUCUCUUUGUAUAAAGGAGAAAAAGGGCCAGGUUACAGGAAAUGGGAAAGAUACCACAAAGCAGAACUGUACAAAUGCAAAAUCUGUCGAAACGGAUGUUUAG